CGGGGCUCCAGUGCUCCGCUUUGAUUGCCCCGUCCCUCUCCCCCGCCCUCCAGCCGCCCUGCUCCGCCCCCGGGGAGAGGGCCCGGCCGGGAGCAGGCGCCCGCAGCCGAGCGGCCGGAGGGCUCGAGGAGGAGCGCGCGGCCGAGUCCGGGCGCAGCAUGACUGCCAUCGCCGUGCAGGCCCAGAGGCUGCUGGCCCAGAGGAGGCCCCAGCGGCCCUUCUUGGAAUCCUUCAUCCGGGCCCUCAUCAUUGUGUGUGCUGCCUUGGCCUUGGUCCUCUCCUCCGUCUCCGUCUGCGAUGGCCACUGGCUGCUGGCUGAGGACCGCCUCUUCGGGCUCUGGCACUUCUGCACUUCGUCCAACCAGACGGGGACACACUGUCUCAGAGACCUGAGUUGGGCCCACGUGCCCGGGCUGGCCGUGGGCAUGGUCCUGGCCCGCAGCGUGGGCGCCUUGGCCGUGGUGGCCGCCAUUUUGGGCCUAGAGCUCCUCAUGGUGUCCCAGGUGUGUGAGGACCUCCACUCACGGCGCAAGUGGGCCAUGGGUUCUGUCGUCCUCCUCGUCUCCUUCGUCCUCUCCUCCGGGGGGCUCCUGAGUUUUGUGAUCCUCCUCUGGAACCACGUCACGCUCACUGGCUUCACCCUGAUGUUCUGGUGCGAGUUCACGGCCUCCUUCCUCUUCUUUCUGAAUGCCAUCAGUGGCCUUCACAUCAACAGCAUCACCCAUCCCUGGGGCCAACCGAGGAAAUUUUAGGCCUCCCUCCCAAAUCCGAGGACAUCAGGUUCUACGAGAAAGUGUGGUCAAGAUGGGACGUUUCCAACCCGUGACCUCUGCUGGGGCGGGGAAGGGUGGGGCAAUGACCUUGAAACUGCUGCCUCUCAGCCAAUAACCUUUGGGUGGUCGGCCAGAUUCAGCCCAGCAGCCUUUGCAGCUGGCCUGCGGGGCCAGAGGCCAGGAGGGUGCUUCAGUGCCAGCAGCUUUACCCAGUUAUUAGGAUGUUGAUUUUAGGAGAAGUAACACGUUUUAAAACCCUUUUCUUGAAUCCUCCUUUUAAAAUCCUUUCUUGAAUCCUUCCAGGAUGGGAGUAGAUUUGGAAGCAGCGUGGGUAACGGCGCCUGGGCUGGCCACACAGCUAAGUGCAGCUCCCAGUUGUUUUAUUGACUCUGUGCCAGGAUCGGGGCUGUGGGGCCCCUGGGGUCUCCUGGGAUUAGGCCCGGAGUGGAUCGUUCCUCCAGCAAAGCAUAUCCAGUCAGUGCCUCGGACUGUUCUUCCACCAGCUCAAAGGGCCUUAUGGGCACAUUUCCCUGCUAUAGCUUCAGUCAUGCUAGGGAGGCAGAAUUCAGGAUUCCCUCGAUCUCUUCCACAUGCUAGGUUUUCAAACCAUUUGACUCGAUUUGAACCCUGCCCUUUGCUGUGUGUGUGUGUUGGGUGGGGGGGGGCGGUGCAUAAUCCUUGAAUAACUGCAACUUCCUGCAGCCGGCUGUCCUGUCUGGGGAUCCUGCCUGAACCCUUCCAGCAAGCUUCUCAGGACAGCCCUCCAGCCCAAUACACGGUCCUCCCGAGGCGAGCGUGUGUGCGCGUCCGGCUUUGAUAAGGGUCAAGACGGCCUCGGGUACCAUUUUUGAUUCUAGAGCACAUUUCCAAAGAGUUCAUGUCUGGACCUGUGGAACUCCAGGGGGGUCAAGGGGACUUGCUGGGCCUUGAGUAAUGAUUAACAGCCAUCCUGGGGAUGAGUGCAGGUGAAGGGGACCAGGAACCAGUGGAGAUUUCCAUCCUUGCCAGCAGAUGUGCAUUUCUGGGGAACCAGUUGCCCCCUUCCCAGUGUCUUUUCUGCCCCAGAGCUGGGGGAUUUGCCCUCAAGCCAUUUCAUUCCACCGGCUCCACUCUAGCUACUACUGGUAUGGGUUUUUGGUCUCUGCCCCGCCCUGGUCACUGCAGGCUCCACUUUCUGGGCUGGGCUGGGUGCUUCUCUCUCUCUCUCGUGGGUUUUUAAAAAACUUGGACUCCAAAAUGUAUAUGGAGUCCAUGGAGAUCACUGAAGAAAGGUGUCAUGGGCCAACCCAUUUUUCAGAGAACAGAGCUCAUCAACCAGACGGGCUGGGUUCUCAGCCCUGGGAAAUAGGCACCUGACCUUUCAUUCCAGGAGCCGUUCAUCUGGCACAAAGGGGUGUGACCUUGUCUCUGCAGUGGGGAGGUGCGGAGGUGGGAAGCCAGGGCCCAGAGGGGGGCAGCACUUGUCCAGGGUCACCCACCAGCAAGAUGUCUUCCCCUCUAUGUUGUGCCUUCUGUCCAGAAUGCUUCCCCCCCCACCCCGCCCGAAAACACUGGUAGGCUUUGUUUUAUAAAAGGGUUCAAAUGUUCAGUUCACUUUAAUCCUCACAUGGCUGGUGAUGAGGGAGUGCUUACAGUCAAGGGAACUGAGAUCCAGAGAAUAAAGGGGAGACAGAUCCCCAUAAAACAGGGAGACAGGUCCCUGUCCGGUGCCCAGGAGUGAAGAAACAGACGCAGCCUUAGAGCAUGGGGAUUUGAAACCAAAAGCCCUGGACUGAACUCAUGCCCUUUCUUGCAGAGUAUCUUGGGCAAGUCGCGGGACCUUGGAGAACCUGUUUCUCUUUUCUGUCCCCUGGAAUCUAUGCCCCAUUCCCAGCUGUUGUGCCCCCAGGGCUGUGGAUAACUGCAAACAGGAGGAACAGAGGGGUGCCUUGUGCCACGCUAGGGUUACUGAGGAAGCUGGGGGUCUUGGGACUCUCUUGGCCUCGCUGACUUGAUCAGAUGAAUUCAGUCGUCUUGAAGUGUAGGGUCAGAGCAGCUGGGCAGGUGAGUUGUAGUGAGGCGUAGGGAGGGUGCACCCAGGGCCAAGGGUCUCCAUCUCUCCUGUUUCAUGGGCUUCAACCUUAACCCUGGAAACUCCAGGAAGGGGUAGGGAAGUGAGCGGGAGCAUCCUCCUCCACCUUGUGUCUCGAGGGCCAAAACGAGUGGGCAGUUACAGACCAAACCCAUCCCAGCUACCAUUUAUUUCCCUGUCCUCUUCUGGAGCCUCUGACCCAGGCCCUCUUCCUGCCCCAUGGUCCCCCCAUUAUUUUCAGUUCCGAGGAACCUCUCACCAGAGCCCCCUCCCCAUCCCAAGGCUCAGAGGAGGGAGGGUUGUUGGUCACAGGAGGAAGCAGAUGAUGUCUGCUGAGAAGACUGGUCCGGGACUGUCCCGCAGCAGUGUCUGGCCUUCUCAUGACCCGUCUCGGUGUCUGUCCCGUGGAUGGCCCUGCUCCAGACUCUCAGAUGACACCGGCCCUGCAGGUGGCCCCACUCUGCUCCGAGGUGCUGGCCUUGGUGCUGUGGGCCAGACCGCUGGUGCCGUUGCUGAAGGAGGAGCUGAGGGCCACAGGGCGCAGUAGGGACUCACGGAGGUGCCACUGCCGCCACUUCUUCUGAACCUCCAGCUGCACCUGGCCCGGAGACCAGCCGUCAGCCGGGCAGAUGGGCACCUGGUGCCCACAGGCCCGUUCACUCGCCCGGGACCGCGGCACGCGCCCUGCCUCUGCCGCCCAGGGGUCCUGCCUCCCCUUCUCCCGCAGGCCGCUCAGAUGGGCCGUUUCCAGCCCCGAUGUCCAGUAGGGAUCGAGGGCCCCCUCUCGCCUGGACGCCUUCACCUGCCACCUUACUGCUUGUGUCCCAAAGGGGCCUGGGCUUCUUUCACGAAUUCCAGAACUCCAACGUCCAGAUCAUCACCCGGGACAAUGGGACCCAUUCCCAUAAAGCCACCCUAGCUCAGACCUUAUCUGGGGACCCUGGAGUUGCUCUUUGGAAAUCUUCACAGUUCCCAGCUGUAGCAGCCCAAAACCUUUGAAGCCAGGCUUCAGGCUUGGAGUUUGGAAAACAGAGGUUCUUCCCAUUCAAGUGUGGGGGACCAGAUAAAUGGUCACCAGUUACAGAAAGGCCUUACUUAUGUGAACACUAUUCAACUAAUGUGGGCUGCAUGGCUUGUGUGGGUCCCCACCCAAAUGCUCUGGGGAGGAGCAGAGACCUCGAGGUAAGUGUGCAGCCCUCCUGGGGAGUCAGCACUCAUGUGGGGGUCAGUGAGCAAUUGAGUGUCAGAGAUUUCAUCAUCGAGUCACUCAUUGAGCAGAGGGGAAGACUGAGGCCCAGAGAAGGGCAGUGAGCAGGAUCACCCAUCAGGCAAGCAGCAGUCAGGAGCCUGGGUUUUUGUUGGGGUGCUUGCCCUUUCCUCUAGUUCCUGGACUCGCCCAAGGCUAAGAAUCAUCUGGAAUGCUUGUUAAACAUUUUCAGGCUCCAACCCAGACGUACAGAUUCCUCCUUUUGCUGAAUUAGAAAUGGGGGGUGAGCAGGGCCCAGCAAUUGUUUUAACUAGGCCUCCUGGUUCUUCAGUGCUCCUAGGAAGUGAGCUCAGGGGACCCAGGCCUCCCCCAGCCACACCAUCCAUGUCUCCCCACCACCCUUUCCAGGGAGCUGCUGAGCAGGAAUCCAGUGGCUAGGGAGCUCCUCCAUCGGGGCAGCCGAGGACACUCACCUCCCCAUUGAGGAAGCAGUAGAGGACCGCCACCACCAGGCCCUGCAGGGGGGCAGAGCAGUAGGGGGUCAAUGCAGGUGCUCCGGCACCCGGCCUCCUUCCUCCAACCUCCUCCCCAUGUCCUUAAAUUGCCAGCCCCAGGCUCACUUCUCCCCAGGAAGUGCUCCAGAGCCUUCCCACACCUCUCACCCCCGGGGGCAUGGGGUGGGUGGGUGGGGGACUGGGACUACCUCUUCUGGGGUCCCCACAGUGUCUCUGUCUGUGCCGGCAUCAUCCAGCACAGACUCAGCUCCUUGGGGCAGGACUAGGGUCCGGCGUGGGGCGUUGCACACAUGGGAUUUCAGAGUAGAAGCUGCUAACUUGGGCCAGUGGGGACGGGGCAAGUCACCUGAAUUAGUAAGGUGGGCCAUCUGGGAGAAGCAGGGAGUGGCGGCCCCUGAUGUGCACCUGUCCCUCAGGUAGGGGGUGGGGCCAGCCCAUGGGAGACCCUGUGCCCUGUGUGGGUGGGCUCAUUUUCAAGAUCAGCUGGAAAUGGAGAUGUUCCAACACAGGCAACCAUUCAAACUGAAACACGAAUGUGCGAGCGUGAGGUCGGGACAAAGCCCGAGUGUAGGUCCUGGCCAGCAAGUAGUGGGUGUGACUUCCUGCUUAUAUCACCUUGGCUAGGGCCCCUGAGGCUAUAUACACGUUCCUUGGUGGGAUGGGGGUUGGUACCUGUUAGGACCCUCCUUCCCUAGUAUCUGGAGCACCUGUUUUCCCAGGAGUGCCUUCCCCUGCCCCCCAGUCCUGGCAUGGAGCUUUACCAGGGCAGGGACUCUGGUCUCGAGAUGCAGGAUUUGAGGCCCAGAGGCCUGCUUGGGACCAUAAGCUACGGGCAGGGUCUCUUCAGUGCUUAGGUCCUGCUCACCUCCUCAGGGAGCCGCCUUGGGCCAGCCUGCCUUUCCUUCUGCCCUGAGGCUUCCCAGGCUGGUGAGCACCCUCCCCCUCAGAGGCCUGGGUGUCCUAGCUCUGACCUCAGGGGGCCCUAAGGCCCCCUUCCGAGUCCCAUCCAGGCCUGCCUUCACCUACUUAACUUGGGAAAGACCCCCAAGAAUGAUGAACCAGCCCUGCUGUGGUGAACUUAAUACGUACAAUUGCUCAGGGCUGCCGUCGUUGUAACAAGAGUUAGUGACAGACCUGGAAGAAUUUGCUUUAGAAUAUCAGGCACCGAGGACCGCUACCCAGAAUGGGCAUCAUUUGGAGGAGGUGAGCGGCUGGAACGGUUACUCAAGGCCGCAGUUUCCAAAUUUUGUAGCACGUUAGAAUCACCUGGGAGUAAACCCUCCAUACCCCAAGGCCAAAUGUCUGAGGAUGAUGGAAGCUGCAGCAGCUUUGAAAAAUCCCUGGUGGUUCUAAUGGUCAUUCCCAGUUGGGAACCACUGUUGGAGGGUGUGAAAGGCUUAGAGAUGAAACGGAACAGGAUGCGGCAUGCCACCUGGCCUGCUUACUUGUGGGGUGCUUGGUCCCAGAUGCUUCAUUUAAUCCUUGCCAAAGCCCUAGCGGGGAGGAGCCCUGUCUCCCUCGGGCAGGAACUGAGUCACAGGGGGUUUCAACAACUGGCGCUGUGUGCGAUUGGCCCAGAGCCGGUGGUCAGGCUGCUGGCUGCGGGGGCUGCCCAUCUCACUGGGCCCAGCGGGUCCUACCCCUGGGCCUCCAAGAUCCUGGGACACAGCUGCGCAGGUCAGGUGAGGGAGCCCCGAGGGAGGGAAAGUUAGUCGUGCCCCGAAUAUCGAUAGGGCAGGCCUCCCACAGCCAGCAAGCUUAAGAAAUUCCACAGUUUUUAUACAAUCAUUAAAAAUGAAGUCUUGGAAGACAGAGAAUUAGAAUAAGCAAGUUAGAAAACCGCACACAGCAUGACCUCAGCUAUAUGGGCUGUGUGUACAUGUGUGUCUUCCUGGAUAGAAAAGAGACUUAAAAAGAAAAAAAGAGGGAGAGAGAGACUUAGAAGUAAACCCAUCAUCAUUUUAACAGGUAAUUUCUGGGGUCAUGAGAUUAUGGAUGAUUUUUUUUUCUUUUUUAACUAUUCCUUAUUAUCCAGAUUUUCUACAAUAAGUGUUAUUUCUAUAAUCAGAAAAAGCAAAUCAACUUUUGUUUCUAGAAGUCUAUGACUGAAAAAUGUAUUGUGGUUCUGUGUGUCUUUAAGCCCCUGUCUUCUAGAGAUGCGUACUAGAAUAUUUACAUUUGAGUAAAACCAUCCCUUUAAUGUGCUUAAAAUGAUGGGGGAUGGGGUGAAGGGAGAGGAUGGGGACAGAGAUGGAACCAGCCAGGACUUGAGUGGGCAGUGGUCACAUAGGGGGUUCACUAUCUACUAUUCUCUUUACUUUAAUAUAUGGGAGACAUUUUCUAUAAUACAGAAUUUUUAAAAAUAUGUACAUUAUAUAGAAUAUACGUGUAUAAUAUACAAUAAAAUGAUAUAUGUUUGUAUGUGAACAAAGGUUUAAAUGCCUCAAAGACUUGUGUAAACAUUUCUAUGGGAACAUUAGGAAAGCGCUUUUGGUUUUCUCUUGACAAGCCAUUUCCUUAGAAGCCGAAUGGCCUUCACUGGCAAGCCUCGGC